AUGCUGAUGGACGACUACCACGACGAACGCCCCGGGAUACGCAUCGCCUACAGAACGGACGGUCGUCUGCUAAAUCAAGGGCGCAUAAACUUGCAAUCGCGCGCAUCCACAACCACCGUCCACAAACUUCUCGUCGUCGACGACUGCGCCCUGAACACCACCACCGAAGCGGAGAUGCAACGCAGCAUGGACCUGUUCUCCGCCGCCUGCGAGAACUUCUGUCUGGUCAUCAACACACAGAAGACGGUGGUGAUGCACCAAACGCCAUCCAAAUCAGCCACAGUCCCCAACGCGCCGCCGCAAAUCAGCGUGAACGGAACCCAACUGCAAGUGGGGGCGAACUUCCCGUACCUGGGCAGUACUCUCUCCCGCAACACCAAGAUCCAUGACGAAGUCGCCAACAGGAUCUCGAACGUCAGUCAAGCCUUCGGUCGCCUCCAAAGCACAGUUUGGAAUCGUCACGGACUUCAACUGAGCACGAAGCGGAAGAUGUACAAGGCCGUCAUCCUGCCGACGCUACUGUAUGGAGCGGAGACUUGGACGGUGUACACGAGGCAGGCACGCCGACCGAACCACUUCCACCUCAGUUGUCUUCGUCGCAUCCUGAGGAUGAACUGGCAGGAUCGCAUCCCUGACACUGAUGCGCUGGAACGAACGGGAAUGCUCAGCAUCUACUCCAUGUUGAGACAAAUGCAGCUGCACUGGAGCGGCCAACUGGUGCGCAUGGACGACGAGCGGCUACCCAAACGAAUCUUCUAA